AUGACUAAUGGCCCUUUACCUACAAGAGUUCAUGAUCUCUUAUCACAUUCUCAAUUCCUUCAUCUAGCGACAUGCUCGGAUAAUAUUCCCCAUGUCUCAUUGAUGAACUAUACAUUUAUUGAAAACGAUCCAUCAUCAUCAAACUGUGAACUACUAAAAUCGGCCCAGCAUAUGAUUCUCAUUGCAACGCCACAGAACACCAAAAAAUAUAAUAACUUAAUGAAAAACAACAAAGUUUCCCUUCUAGUGCAUGACUGGGUGACGCCAAACCAAGGUGGUGCAGAUUCUGUAUUAAGGCUAUUACAAAGCAUCAACCAAAGCGAAGUCGGUGAAUUAAGUGUCACAUUAGAUGGACAUGUUUUUCAGAACCUGAUUGAUCCAUCUACUGAAGAAUACAAGUUUUUUAAAAACCUACAUUUACAGAAAAAUCCCGAAGCUAGGGCAUUUAUUGAAGGAGAUUCAACAGCCUUCGUCUUGAUCCAAAUUGAUGAAUCCAAGGUUUCAGACUCAAAUAACAACGUGGAAAACUUUAAAUAG